GAGGUUUUUUAUCGAUAUUACAAUGGGACAAGAAUGUUAGAAAUGCUAAAUGAGAUCAGAGGGAGUUCAGAGUGAAAUCAAUAAAAAAGAAGAAAUUAGUUCUGAUUCUGAUCCAGAAUAUGAAGAGGAAGAUGAAAAACAGCCUUAAAAACCACCUUCAAUGGAUAGCAAAUCCAACUCUUCCACCUUUUUUAAAGAGUAAUACAUUUCCCAAGAAUCAAAACAGGAGUAAGUUGAAAGUUAUUAGAAUCAACUUAAAUUCGAAGGUGGUGGGAUAUAUACUGGAACGAUUUUCAACAAUAAAGCAAAUGGAUUUGGCAGAUUAGUUAUGCCGAAUGGCGAUAUCUAUGAGGGCAGUUUCGUUAACAAUUAUUUAGAAGGAGAUGGAAAAUGUAUAUAUGCAAGAGGACCUGUCUAUACUGGAUAAUUCAAGCAAGGAAAAUCAAAUGGAAUUGGUAAAGAAGUAUGGCCAGAUGGUUCUGUUUAUGAGGGAGAGUUCUAAAAUGGAAAAAAGAAUGGAAAGGGAAUCUAUAAGUGGAGUUAGCAAAGUACAUAUAAUGGAGAAUGGAUGGAUAAUAUGAUUAAUGGAAUUGGCAAAUACGAAUGGCCAGACGGUAGGUCUUAUUACGGUUAAUGGGCUAGAAAUUAAAUGCACGGCAGAGGAUUCUAUAGGUGGAUUGACGGUAAAUACUAUGAUGGGGAAUACGAAGCUGAUAAAAAGUCUGGAUUCGGUAUCUUUAAUUGGCCUGAUGGAAAAUAAUACUAAGGAUAUUGGCUGGAUGGAAAAUAACAUGGAAAAGGACUUAUGAUAAAUAAAGAGGGAAAGAAGAAAUUUGGAGAAUGGCAAAAUGGUAAAUUAAUAAGUUGUUCUGAUGAAUCUAAUUUAUAAAUAAUCCCGGAUGGUUGGUUUCUGAACACUUUUAAUUAAUGA